UCAAAAAGGAACUCGAAAAGUCUCGCAAAAACCUUUCCCCGUGUUUAGGCCUCAUUCUUCCUCAAUCUCCAUCGCCGUAAAACCUUCCCCAUCAAAAACCUCUUCAUUUCCAUUUAAAACAAUAAUAAAAAUGAACAGAGUCACGAGCCUAGCCGCCCUUCGGCGCGCCGCAGCCGCCACCGCUUCACUCUCUCGCAAUCAAGCGGCUCCAUUGAGCAGCUCCUCCUUCACCACUCCCUACUUUCUUCCUCGGCGGCUUAUCCAUCACUCCGGCUCGGCUUCCUCGGCUUCUCAUUCUCUCUCUCCUAAUAGUAUCGCCGGUACAAUGUUCUUCUCUGUCGCAGCCGCGGCUUCUCUAAGCCAAGAGGCUCACGCCAAAGAAUCCCUUCACUCUAACCUCUUUAACGACGUCGUUCUCUACCAGUAUGAAGCUUGCCCUUUUUGCAACAAGGUUAAAGCUUUCCUUGAUUACCAUAACAUUCCGUAUAAAGUGGUGGAGGUCAAUCCCAUCAGUAAGAAGGAGAUUAAGUGGUCAGAUUACAAGAAGGUGCCUAUACUGACUGUUGAAGGUGAACAGAUGGUCAAUUCAUCAGAUAUUAUUGAAUCACUAUAUAAAAAGAUGCACCCAGAGGGAUCUAGCAUGAACACUGAGGAAGAGAAGAAAUGGCUGAGGUGGGUUGAUGAUCAUUUGGUACAUGUCUUGUCCCCAAAUAUUUACCGGACAGCGGGUGAGGCUCUGGAGUCAUUUGAUUAUAUUGCAAGCCAUGGAAAUUUCGGCUUCAUGGAGAGGAUGAUGGCAAAGUAUGCUGGUGCUACAGCCAUGUAUUUUGUGGCCAAGAAAUUGAAAAAGAAGUAUAACAUUACUGAUGAACGUGAAUCCUUGUAUCAAUCAGCAGAAACGUGGGUUAAUGCCCUGAAGGGUCGGGCUUUUCUUGGUGGCUCGAAACCUAAUAUGGCUGAUCUUGCUGUGUUUGGUGUCUUGAGACCAAUACGCCACCUACAAUCUGGCAAAGACAUGGUGGAGCACACACGCAUUGGUGAUUGGUAUGCUCGAAUGGAGAAAGUGGUGGGGGAAUCAUGUAGAGUCAUUGUGUAAUGCUGUCACUGCCGGAAGAUCACCAUCUUCAUAAACUCGUUUUGUCUUGUCAGUCUGGUUGCAGUCUCUAUAGUCUAUGAUAGUCGCAAUUAGCUUGGACUCAAAAAAGUAAAUAAAAGUUAGAAGACAUGGUGGACAUUUGUUUGCCUCGUAUACACAGAUUUGCGAGGUUAUAGACAUUUUUUUCCAUUACAUAUACAUUUUUGCAGGGUCACACGGCCACCAGCCUCCUAUCUCUUGAAGGUGAAAUCAAAAGAGAUUGCUUGUUACUGAUGCUUAAGGAUUAUAGAAAAUUUCUUUUAAUGGUGCAAAAGAUAAGAUGAAAUGAGAAAUGAAGUGCUUCAAUUUUGUAGCUGUCUUGUUUCUCCAGAUUGUAAGCUUAAACAUAUGUUUAAGGUUCAAACAAAUUUACUUUUAUUUGAGUGAUGCAAAAGAUGAAUGAGAAGUACAAUUUUGAAGUUGUAUUGGAA